GACCCCACAGCCCCCGGAUUGAGCCCAGAAACCCUCACUCUCAGCCCUAGGCCCUAUCCGCUGCUUCGCCUUGUCUGAGCUCGAACCUACUCAGGAGGCUCAGAGGGAACCGGCAGCCCUGACGUGACUCCUGCCGCCUCUCUUGCAGUAGCCAAUGAGUGAGGAGAGCCAGGAAAGCCAGCCCUGUGGGUGGCAUGGGCAUGGGCACAGGCGGUGGAGCUGGCAGCAUGGGUUCUCUUACUUGGCUGGGGGCCGAGCUGGUGUUUAGCCCAGGAAGGGCCAGAGAGGCGGAGAACGAAGAGUCCCCAGAGAGGAGGGCGGGGGAGGGGUGCCGGUGCUCCUCUCUGGGCCCCUUGGUGGGGGGGAGGAAGAAGUACCCCAGCUGGGCACAGGUCUGCAGGCCCUGUGGAGCUGAGUGGGGAGACAGGAGCCCUGCCUCUGUCUCCCCACGUGACUGCCAAUGCUGGUGGCUUCCCGAGCCUGGGGCUCCCCACCCAGCUUCAGUCAGCCACACGAGGCUGGAGGAAGUUCCGCUGGAGGUGCUGAGGCAGAGGGAGUCCAAGUGGCUGGACAUGCUCAACAACUGGGACAAAUGGAUGGCCAAGAGGCACAAGAAGAUCCGGCUGCGCUGCCAGAAGGGCAUCCCACCUUCUCUGAGGGGCCGUGCGUGGCAGUACUUGUCGGGAGGCAAGGUGAAGCUCCAGCAGAACCCCGGCAGGUUUGACGAGCUGGACCUGUCCCCUGGGGACCCCAAGUGGCUGGACGUGAUAGAGCGUGACCUCCACCGGCAGUUCCCCUUCCAUGAGAUGUUUGUGUCCCGGGGGGGGCAUGGCCAACAGGACCUGUUCCGGGUGCUGAAGGCCUACACGCUGCACCGGCCCGAGGAGGGCUACUGCCAGGCGCAGGCGCCCAUCGCGGCUGUGCUACUCAUGCACAUGCCCGCCGAGCAAGCCUUCUGGUGCCUGGUGCAGAUCUGUGAGAAGUACCUGCCGGGUUACUACAGCGAGAAGCUGGAGGCCAUCCAGCUGGACGGAGAGAUCCUCUUCUCGCUGCUGCAGAAGGUGUGCCCGGCGGCACACAAACACCUGAGCCGGCAGAAGAUCGACCCGCUGCUCUACAUGACCGAGUGGUUCAUGUGCGCCUUCGCCCGCACGCUGCCCUGGAGCUCUGUGCUGCGCGUAUGGGACAUGUUCUUCUGCGAAGGCGUGAAGAUCAUAUUCCGCGUGGGGCUGGUGUUGCUGAAGCAUGCGUUGGGCUCCCCUGACAAGCUCCGCGCCUGCCAGGGCCAGUACGAGACCAUCGAGCGGCUGCGGAGCCUCAGCCCCAGGAUCAUGCAGGAGGCCUUCCUGGUGCAGGAGGUGGUGGAGUUGCCGGUGACGGAGCGGCAGAUCGAGCGCGAGCACCUCAUCCAGCUGCGGCGCUGGCAGCAGACACGCGGGGAGCUGCAGUGCCUGUCCCCACCGCGGCUGCACGGUGCCAAGGCCAUCCUGGAGGCAGAGCCGGGACCCUGGCGCACCCUGAAGCCGGCGCCCUCCAUCCGGCUGCCCAUAGAGGGCCCCCCGCCUGGAACCACAGGCGCCACCAGGCUGCACAAGCCAGCGAAGGAGCAGCGGAAGCAGACGAAGGCCAAGCCACCCGACCCAAGCCGAGGGCAGGCGGUGGCCACAGCUGGGGAUACCUGUAUCCCCCAAGAUGUGCCCCCAAAGGACCUGGCCCACCUGGAGCCAGCCCCCCAGGACUCAGCCCACCAUCAGUCCCGGGAGAGCCUGACAUCCCAGGGGAGUGAGGAUACCUACUUGUAACCGGGCACAGGCCUCCACGGGGCCUCCACCAGCAUACUCCAGGGGCUGCUGCGGCCUCCACGGGGCCUCCACCGGCAUACUCCAGGGGCUGCUGCGGGCCUCCACGGGGCCUCCACUGGCAUACUCCAGGGGCUGCUGUGGGCCUCCACCGGCAUACUCCAGGGGCUGCUGCGGGCCUCCACGGGGCCUCCACCGGCAUACUCCAGGGGCUGCUGUGGGCCUCCACCGGCAUACUCCAGGGGCUGCUGCGUGCCUCCACGGGGCCUCCACCGGCAUACUCCAGGGGCUGCUGUGGGCCUCCAUGGGGCCUCCACCAGCAUACUCCAGGGGCUGCUGCGGCCUCCACAGGGCCUCCACCAGCAUACUCCAGGGGCUGCUGCGGCCUCCACAGGGCCUCCACCAGCAUACUCCAGGGGCUGCUGCGGCCUCCACGGGGCCUCCAUAGGGCCUCCACCGGCAUACUCCAGGGGCUGCUGCGGGCCUCCACGGGGCCUCCACCAGCAUAUUCCAGGGGCUACUGACGCCCAGACUGCCUGAGCCUCCUUAUUUAUUUUCUGCAGAGUGGAGCUCGGGCUGGGAGUGAGGACUGAAGCCUCCGGUCUCGUUCAGCGCCCCUCCCCUGGGGGGAGUUGUUCUCCUGGAGGACACAGAUGCGCGGGCGGGUGGAGGGCGGGUGGGGUGCUCUUUGUGUAUCAUAGAGGGUUUUGUACAGAAAUAAAUGAGCUUGUGUAGAA